GCGAAAACAACACCAAACCAGUGAAACCGAUGAGAUCGCCAAAUAGCCUUCUAUUCCAUAAUGUUACUGAAAAUAGUUAAACUCAAGACGCUGUUCUUGUCUUAUCUUCUUUGACUUAACCCCAUUUGUCAAACAGCUUCUGUAUGGAAGGACUUCACACCCACGAAGUUUGUGAAGAAAGUUGUCUGAUUGGGUUUAUACGCAGAACAUUGAACGCAGCAUCAGUUCCUGGUCAAAGGAUACGCCGUCAGUGAGAUCCAGAUGCUUUUAAAUCUGAAUUCCUGAGUGGGAAUUCGCUCAGCCCUUUGCUAGGACCUUGUUUCCCGACCCACGGUGCUGUAAGACCUUCCCAGAGAUGACAGAGGAACACCUGGACGGGGCUCGACGACUCGGAAAUUCAGCGGGCUCUUCGAGCGAGUAAGCGACAUGGACAACUCUGUCACCCUGUGGCAGUUCCUACUCCAGCUCCUGUUGGACUCCAGCAACGAGCAGCUCAUCUGCUGGACCAACGAGGAAGGAGAGUUCAAGCUGCUGCAGGCUGAGGAGGUGGCCCGGCUUUGGGGAGCCCGCAAGAACAAGCCCAACAUGAACUAUGACAAGCUCAGCAGGGCGCUGAGGUACUACUAUGACAAGAACAUCAUAAAGAAGGUGAACGGCCAGAAGUUCGUCUACCGCUUUGUGUCCUACCCCGACAUCCUGAAGGGAGACGCCGCUGCCCGGAUGGACGGGGGGGACGAUGGAGCGGGCGGAGUCCUCCCUGCUGCUGCUAAGAGGUUGGACGGUGCUCUGCUGGAGGCGGAGUCUGACGACCGCUCCAAGGCGGGGUCGGGUCCGGCCACUCUGGGCUCCAGCACUAAGCAGUCCAACAGAAACGACUACAUCCACUCCGGCCUCUACACUUCGUUUCAUCUCAACUCCCUGCACAACGGCCGGCAGCUCUUCAAGUCCAUCAAGGUGGAGAACCCUGCAGAGAAGCUGGCUGAGCGGAGGGCCGCCUCCCAACAGAGCCAGGAGACCCCCCCUCUGCUGCAGGCGCCUCCAGCAGCCGCUCCGCCGUCGGUCAUCAAGUUUGGAAACAGCCCGCCAAAGCCGCAUGCCGCGCCGCCUCCUCCGGUCGCCAUGGAGACCACCCUGAGCGGCUUGGACUCCCUGCAGGCUCCGCCUCAGAGGGCCGAACUCGUCAGCACACACUCCGCCCUGCACCCCCAGUCCGUCUACUCGCUGGAGCACAGCCGGCAGUCAGAACCCGGCCUGGGCCUUCCUUACCUGGGGGCGGCACGGGAGGCCGCUCAGGAGGGAAACGUGACCAACAGUGACGGCGAGUCGGGGGGCUCCGGAUCUACAGAACCGGCUGCUCUGGAGACACCGGAGACCCAGGCACACGACAAGCAGGUGGACGGCGGCAUCAGUGUGUGUAUGGACGAGCCCAGCCUGGUGGACACUGAGACCAGUUCGUCCUCGGUGAACAGCAACACCGCGGGAAGCGCUCAGGCUCUGGGAAAAACUCGUAAACCGCCAAAGGUCCUGCAGCUCAGUCCGCCCGCUCUGCUCGUCACCACGUCCGAGUUCUCCCCCAUGAACCUGUGCAGCCCCUCGCUGCCCACUGCCUCACUCACACCAGCAAUGCUCCAGACUCCAACCCUCCUGCUGACUCCCAGUCCUCUGCUGUCCAACAUCCACUUCUGGAGCACGCUCAGUCCCGUCGCUCCCCUCAGCCCCGCCACCAGACGUCAGGGAGCCCACCUGUUCCAGUUCCCAUCGGUCCUGAACUCCCAGUUCCAGAUCCCAGUCCAGAGCCUGGAUGGGACCAACACACCCGGACCCAUUUCCCCAGACCCCCAGAAAACGUAGACGCGGCCCACGCCCGUGUGUGGCAGACGGAUGAGGCUGAAGCGUUCGCUUGGUCUUGUGGUAUUCAAGCCCUCUGGACCCUUUUCUGUUCGCCAUCCUGAUGCAUUCAUUUUGUCUGGCUUAUUUUGGGAUCACAGCAGAUGAAAAGGAGAGAGGGAUUUCCAUGGUAACCAAACCUGACACAAUCUGCUUCACACCUAAUGGGAUUCCGGCUAUGGCUUUGCUGCCAGACCUGUUCUUCUGACCUGAGUCCACUCUGGUCGUUUGUUGCUCCAACCUGAUCAGCUGCUCACUACCCGACCCACACCACCUCCACCCUUCUGUCUUAUUCUGACUUGUGGCCAUAGUCCAAACUGAACCUUAAGUUAUGCUUUGCAGAUUUUUUAACACUCCUUUCACACUUUUUUCUAUGAUUCAAUCCCAACAUUCAUUUGGUGGAUCUCAGAGAGUGAAAGGAGUGUGAAUACUUAUGCAAGCCGCUGUGUGUGUUUGUUUUAAUGAAACGUAUGUGGACACCCUGACAGCCAUGUUGACCUGUUCUGCCUUCUUUAGGGAAGAAAGAGAAGCCAUACAGCAUUUUUGGUCACAGGGGGCAGUCAACCAGCCGUAGUUCUCUCUGUGGCCACAGGGGGCAACCAACCAGCAUUUGUUCUCUCUGUCAUGGAUCUUUAGUGUCCUGGGCUUGUUGGGGAGGGAAACCAGAGAACGGAAACAGAGGGAAGCGGCUCAUUUGUUAGUGAGUGAGCUUUCUUUAAUCCUCACCAGCUGGCCUUUACAACAUUGUUUAGAAAUGAGAAAGCAAAAAAAAAAAAAAAGAUCCCUAUGAUUUUGUGAAAAUAUUAAUACCAUAAAAACUCUUUUUGAUGCUUGCUAUUUGUGGAACUCCUGAGCAGUUGUUUGUUGCAUCUUUAUAGAGCCAGUUAAGAACCUUAGAAGCAUUUUGUUUAAAUUCAAAUUAAAAACAGAUUUUGUUGAAUCUCCAGUAGCAGUCAGACUUGCAACAAAUCUAGAAAAUCCUCUGACUAAAGAUAGCUGUUGCAUGGCAUCUUAUGACUGUAAUGACAUGCUAACAGCUAAACAUCCAGGGACAAAGACAAUAUUCCACAGGAACAUGUCCUGGAUGACAUCAUCAGUAGUUACCAAACACUACUAAUCCACUUCAUUUGCUUUGGCCGCUCCCCUUUAACUCUCUGCCUGUCCGUAUGGUUACCAAGCCGAGCAGAGAGACAGAGACUGUUCCUCUCUCUGCUCUGCAUCAUGAAGCUUCCUCUUCAACGCUGCUUGGAAUUAUUGUAGCUUUUACGAUGCUAGUCAGGUGCUCCUAGUUGGAAAAACAGUACGUUGUUGCCACGGUUACGCAUUCUAACUGUCCACAAGUAAAAAAAGCAAGAGUAAUCGUACAAUAAUGCAACACCUCAACCAAAAGGAUUAACAAAAGUGUAGAAGAGAAGAAAUGAGAGCUAGCGUAGCUCCUGCUGCCACCACCAGGGGCACUGUUCUAGAAUUAGUUUGAUUCCAGUUCAGCACUGAACAUUCAGUACUAAAUUGCUUCAGCAUCUGUUUAGUGACAUGCAUAUUUGUACAACUCCACGUUCAUUCAAUCUGUCCUGUGAACUUCUACGUUCUCGUCAGCAGAUGCUGCCGUCUUCCCUCUGUUUCCAGUUUUAAAAGCUCCAAACAAAACCGGCUGGAAUUAAAGCCGAGCCUGUUGAUGGCUUUUUUUUUUUUAACCACAAAUAGCAAUACCUUUGCUUGCCCAACAGUCAGCCAAAACAUUAUGACCUCUUUCUCCUGCUGAGCUGGAAAUGCACCGAGCAGUCAGCCGGAAUCAGGUCUGCUCAAGACACUAGACAUUCUUCAGUGUGGAAGUUCUUACUGUGGGAAGCAAGAAAGGGUUAAAAGCGACUUAAAUGUAAAUGUAUCGUCAGCCGUUUAUUUAGGCUAAUAAUAUUUUCAACAGGUGAUGGGAAAGCUAAACCUAUUACUGAAAAGUUGUUCUCUUCUAUUUUUUCCUAAGGUUUUAUUCUCCAAAUUUAAACAGCCACCACUGACAGACAAAAAAUUAUUUGCUGUUUUGUUUUUUAUUAUUAUUUUUUAUUGGAGUUGACUAAAAUGAACUAGAAAUGUCCAACAGCGGAGCAUCAUAUGUCUGGAUGACAGUUUGUAGCUUAAAGUUGCUUCUCAGCUUUAAUGCUUAAAAUCCAAGGUGUCAAACUCAAGUGUUUCUAUGACCCCUCUAAUCUCAAGAUGGCCACAUAAAUCAAAUCAGAUUAUUUUUUAACUAUACAUCGUCAAAUUACAUCAAAGAUUAACAGUAAAUCUUAAAGGCUUAAUAGGUAAUUUUAUCAAUAAAUUUCAUCAAAGAUGCAACUAUUAUUUGAGUUACUGAUUACCCUGAUGAUUAAUUAAACUUUUAUACAAUAUUAGAAAUAUAUAUAUAUAUAUAUAUAUAUAUAUAUAUAUAUAUAUAUAUAAAGAGAGGAGAGCUUAUAAUUUGUAGCAAAAGAUGAAUCUGUAACUAAAAGUACUUUUAAUACCAACAUGUAAAAAAACUCAGGCGAUUCUGCUUGACUUGACAUCAACACACUGAAAGAGUGAAACAUUUGAUCCAAGUUAAGAAGAUGGACUUAAUCAAAUUAAGUUUAUCCAAUUACAUACAUUAAGCUAAGUCAUGUUAUACACAGGUUAAUAAAUUAAGUUUGACAAACUUAAUUUGAUUUCCUGUAACAGUUCUCCAUUUUUCAGUGUAGUUAAUAAAUGGGUAGCAAAGGUGCUAUUUUUAACAGAGUCUGAACCAGGUGAUAUUAAAACUGCCACUUUAGGAUUUCUGGGUUAAACAUAUUUACAGUUCUUUUCUUUUAUCUUAAAUGCUAAUUGUAUAUAUUUUUUUGUACAGUUUUGGCUUGAUUGCUGCUCUGACUCUGUUGCUCUUUCAGCAAACUCCUUUUCUUGGGUCUGUAUACUGGAGUUAGGGAUUAAUCGAUCACUAAAUCAGCUUACAGUUAUUUCAAUACCCGAUUCAUCCAAUUAAUCGCUAUUCAAGAUCUUGAUGCAGCCAGAAAUGAAAGAGAGUGACAGCGCUGCAUCACUCUCUCCUUCUGAUUGGGUACUGAUGUUUCGGUUCUUUCUCUCUCCGUCUGAUUGGCUGGUGAUGUUUUGGUUCUUUAACCCAGAGCGCUGCCUGAACAUUUCCCCGCUGCCUACCCAUCAGCCACCUGAAGCCCACUCCACGUGUUUUACCCGACUUUAAAGCCAUAAGUCUGACAGACUCCAGAGGUACUCCCCGCCUCUCUCUGCCAUCUAACAUUGAAAGCGUUGCGUGGCGCUUGUUUACACCGUGCUUGGAUUAAAACUAAAAAAAACAAACCACAGAGGUGUGUUCUGUUUUUAACCAAAGUGUCAAACUCUAACCCAGGGACGGGUUAGAUGGGUUGGUGCAGGACACACGCUCACUCAGAUGGAAACGGUGCCUUACCGCAGCCAAGCCCAAGGUCAGCCUCACUAAGCUCUCUCUCUCUCUCACAGAGCUCUUUUUAUUUUAUUUUAAAUUUCAGACGCCGUAUCUUAGAUGUCAACCAAACCAGAGAAUUGGAGGAAAACUCAGCAGCAGUGUAAUUCUGGAUGCGUUGCUGUACAUACAGACAGCCACAUGAGCCGACGCGCUCGGCAUGUAAAAUACCAGCUUCACGUCGGCGGCCAUGUUCCUUCUUAACCUGCCUCUUAAUGUUUGCUCAGAAAGUGUAUAGCUAGAUAUAUAUAUAUAUAUAUAGAAGGAGAAAAACAACCUUGUCUUUAACUCAUUGUAACCUCCAUUUAUUUUCCUGUAAUGCAAUAGAAUUCUCAGAAUAAUUUCUAUUUUUGUAAAUCAGUGUCUGCUUUUUAAUAUUCCUCUUUGUGCAUGUUUUUUUUGUAUCCUUGUUUUAUUUUGUGUAAUUUUUGGGGAAUUAAUGUUGGGGUUUUUUUUUCUUUCUUUUUUUAGGAAUCAAAGCCUUAUUGGGAUAAAAUCAAAGUCUGUUUUGUAUGUUGACUGUUUUUUGAUAUCGUGUUGAUAUUGUACAUGCAGAUGUUGUGAUCAGACGUUUGCACUUAAGAGUUGGGGGUUCCUGUCAUAUUGGAUUCUGUCACUUUUCUAGGAUUUCCUUUGACUAUAGAAAUGUAUUUUUCCCCGUAAAGGGAGGAUUUCAUUAUGCACUUGUAUUUUAUAAGAACAAAAGGAGCUAAAUCUAAAGUUUUACAGUUUGUAUGGAGAAAAAAGACUAAUUUGUAAUUAGGCACUUGCACAAAUCUUUAUAAAAAUGUCUACAACCCAUAGAACAGAUAUAUAGAAUAAGCAUCUUUUGCUGUAAGUUUAAUAGUAAAAACAGCUAUAAAAUGGUCCCAAAGCUUUUUUUUCUCCUCCAGUCGUCUUGGAGUUCAGUUUUGUCUUCAUAUCUGCUCUCUUGAUUCUUUUCCUUGAAAUGUAAAAAGUUGUUUUUAAAGAAUGACUGUUUUUGCUUUGUUUUGUCCAGUUUGAUGCUUAUUCAAAAUGUUUACAAGCUGCUUGUCUUGAGUGGCAUAUUGAUGUGCGAGAAGCCUGGAGGAAAUCUGUACAACAGACCAAUAAAAAACAAAUGUCUAACUGA